UGGAUAGCCAAGAAGCAACCGGUUACGAUGAUGCAGACGAUGAUGUGCACCCAAACGCGGCGUUUCACACGCGAACGUUUGUUCCUAUUAUGGGAGUGGAAGGAGUCAACCCGAGUGUGGAGAGAACCUUCGUAACGAACGCAUUCACCAAACAGGUCAAGGCCAGGCCGCUCGGAGACAUAGCCGCAUCACCGGACUAUCUUCUGCAACAGGCCCGCGAGCUCCACGUCAAACACCUCCGCCACCUGCAUGACUCCGAGGAGCUCACGCGCCGGCGGUCAGCAGUACACCACAGCGCCGUACGACUGCAGUACGAGCAGGGCGCGUCCCUGCAGGAGCUAGCCACUGAGCCAGCGGCGGGAGAAGAGGACAGAAGCAGCACUCCUUCCGCCGAAGCAGCCGCGACCGGCGGCGAGGCUGACGCGGGUGUGGCAGCGGGCACCAGAGCAGCAGCUGCCGAGGCCGGGCGGCGUGGCGGCGGCAGCCAAAUCUACUCCGGGCUAGAAGCCAAGGCGCCGGUGCUCAAAUACCUGAAACGCACGGCGCUCGGGCAGGAGUUUGGCCCUGCCCUUGGGCCGGCGCCGCCAGCCGUCGCGGCCGCGGCCGCGGCGGCCGCAGCACGCGCCCACCACUCAGCUGCCGCCACCAGCACAGCGGCGGCGCCAGGGGCUGUGGUGCCAGGGGCUGUAGCACGAGCAGCGGGCGGCUUCGAUGCCGGUCGCGGUACCGGCAGUAGCCGCAGCGGUAGCAAGGAGGAAGGGGCCAACUGGGACGAGGGCAGCAAUGGCAGCAGCUGCGACGACGAGGAUGAUGAUGAUAGCUACGCAGACAUUCCAAUCGUUAUGAUUCUGGGGCCCGACGACGGUGAUGAUGACGGCAGCGAUGGUGAAGACAUGAACUCCAACCCCGGUGAUAAAAAGGGAGGCGUUACCGCGUCUGCUGCCGCUGCCGCCGCGGGCAGCAGCGGCCGCGGUGGCAGCGGGCCCGGUGCCGGGGCCGGCGCCGCCCACCACUCGCCGCGAGAUGUACGACUCCACCGGCCCAGGCCACCAGCCAUGAGUAGCCCGAACCUGAUUCUUCCAUCCAGCUGCGGCCUAUUGCCGUCAUCUCCGCGGGCCGCAGCAGCAGCGGGUCCAAUGGCAGCAGCCGCAGCAGCGGCAGCAGCCGCAGCAGCGGCAGCUGCGGGCGUGGAGGGCAGGAACGGUGAGGGCGGCGGCAUGGCUAGCAGCAUCACCAGCCGCGGCAGCCCUGUGCCUCCUGGUGGCGGUGCGGGUGGCGGCGGCGGCGGAACGGGAGGUUCGCGCGCAGAGAGCCUCAUCAAUCAGCUACGCUCAUUCCAGCGCGCUAGCACUGGAUCCACCGGCGGAAGCCCGGGAUCCGGAUUCACGAGCGGGGCCCUGCUGGAUCCACCCCUGCGGGCAGGAAGCUUCCUGGUUCCAGGAUCCGAGGGCGGCUCGGUGCGCGGCGGGCGUCUGUAUGCGGCAGGCCCCGCGGCGGGUGCCGCUGGCUGUGUAAGCGGCAGUGGCGGCGGCGGCGGCGGCGGCGGUGGCGGAGGUGGCGGUGGCGGAGGUGGCGGCGGAGGUGGGCUCACGCCUGCCCUGUCCAGCAGACAGCAGGAAGGCGGCCUAGGUGGGUCGGCUGGGCUGCAUCGCCUAAACGGGCCCGAGUGGAACCUGCUGCGGUCGCCGACCUCACCGCUGUCGCCUGCCGCUGCCGCAGGCAGCGGCGGCGGCACCCCAACACAGCCGCCGAGCGGCUUGGUCCCAUCCGUGCGGAAGGGCCGCACUCCGGGCAUCAGCACCAGCAUGUCAGGAGCUGCUGGCGGCUAUGUUGGCGGCGUGGUCGAUGGGCCGCCGCCGCUGCCGGCGGUUGGCAGGCUAGGCAGCAGCUGCUACCCGGGGGCCGCAGCAGCGGCAGGUACGGCAGGCGCGGCUGCGGGCGGCAGCGGCAGUGGAUGCGGCGCUAGCCCUGUGGCCUGCAGGGGUUCGCUCUCCAACCUCGCGGCCGUGAGCAUCGGUAGCCUGGCGGCGGCAGCGGCGGGCGUCAGUGGCGGCGGUCUGCCAGAGAUGUCGGCUCGGGGGUCACCGUCAUCCCUGUCCCCGUUGGGUGCUGCGGCCGCUUAUGGCGAUGGCAGUUUCUCUGAUAGGUCGGUUCGGAGGCAGCGUGCCGGUAUGGAUUUUGCCGUCAAUAGCGCCAGUGCACCUGCGCCGGUGCUGGCAAACAGGCCGUCAGCAGCAGACGUGUCCAUACGGGCCGGGGUGCGUGGCCCAGUUGCAAGCAGCAGCAAUUACUACAGCAACAGCGUUUGCGUGGCGGGGGGCAGUGACAGCGGCGCUGGCGGCAGCCCCUGCACUGCUGCUGUGAUGGGGGCCACCGAUAUGGCGGCUAUGGACUCGUCAGUGCGCGGCGGCGGCUACGGCGUCGGCGGCGGCGGCGGCGGUGGUGGUGGCGGCGGCGGCGGCGGCGGGGUCGCGAGCGGCGGCGGCCGGAUGGCAGGCCUGUCAGUUGGGCAGCUGGGACAGCUAGGUCCAGCGCUAUGCGGAGAUCCCUCUGCGGCGGAAGGAGGCGGCGCGGCCGCCGGUUCGACGCAGGCCGCCGCGUCUUUAUUCAAGGCAAUCACGGGUGCGGCGGCUGUAGGCCGCGUGUCUGCCUCUUUGCAUGAUCCUGCAAACAGUCCAGCAGCGUCCUACGCUCCUGCUAGCGGGGCGGCCUCUGGAGGCAGGAUCCCCUCCACCAGUAUGAAGCUCCCGAAGAUUGCAGCAGGGUCCGGUGGGGCCGCAACGAUUGCUGGCAGCAGCAGCAGCAGCACGAGUUGCGGCGGCGGCACCGGCGGCAGCAGCAGCGGCAGUAGCACGCUGGCGGCGGUGCGGCGCGGCAGUAGCAACCUUUCAGGCGGUAUAACGGCUUGGACUGGAGCCGGAGGAUGGCCUGAGAGCGCUGGUGGAACCUCUGGGUGUGGUGGCUCAGGCGGCGGUGCAGUGGUGAACGAGGGAAUGAAGAAGGGCUUUUUGGGGUUUCUGAAGCCCUAGUUGAGCGAAUCAUGUAUGGCAGCGUGGAAAGCGCACCGCACAUGCGCUUUAAUACCACUUAUACCAGUAUGUGACCCUUGCAGAUGGUGGGAAAUUCAUGUUAAGUACCGUAGGUACUUUGCGCCGGCGGCUUCUUUGUUGACGACGCCUCCAUGGCCACAAAGCCUUUACCAGACAUGGCCAGCACGACCUGUUGAGCUGCCUUCUCAGCGCCAUAAACGUUACGGGUUACAGCCUGCCCGUUGGCGCUGGCACGGAGCUGCUGCGCUGCCUGCGCACUGUGCUGGAGGUGGAGUUGGAGGAGGCGCAUACAUAUAGCUACAGAGACAGCUUUAUACACGCCGUGCGAAAGGGAGGCCGCUUCGGCGGCCAAUAGCCCCCAUACACCCCGCCACCGACACCGAAUGUCUGAAUGCAUAGGGCGAAGGCGGUCCCGUCACUGGGCGGUGGCCACUCAAUGCGGGUGACGCGCGGCGCCUGGACGAAGGGGGGGGGGGGGGAGAAGAUGAAAAUGCCGCGAGUGGCUGGUAUUGACAUCCAUGCAUUAGACGCAUGUGCGCCUCCAAACGUUUUCGCCUGUGUGGAUGCACCAGACCUGGUGAACUGAUUUGAACGAGCCGAUUGGCACCACAUUAUGAUAAAUGGAGGGGUAUAAGCGGUUUUGUGCAGUCGGGUGCUGGUCGCUCCCGAGGGCUUUGCUGCUGAGGCUCACAGCCGGCACAGGUGCUGCUGCAUCGGCACUGCAGAUGUUCCAGCAGUUGUCAGCCUUCGGCUCCACAUCGAGAG